AUGGAGGACGAGAUCAUGGGCAUAUCUGAGCCAGAAAUAGGCGGCGCCGCCGUGGCCCAGGUUGCCACCCAGGCCUACCCCACCGCCCCCGUCGCCGGCACCGUCUGGAACGCCGGUGCUGCCGUCACUGUCCAGUGGAAGCUCGGAUCCCCUGCCCCCACCGCUGGCUUGACCGUCACUCUCUUCAAGGGUGACCCUGCCCACCAGACCAAGGUCAUCGACUUGGGUACCGGUGCUGUUGGCGCCACCUCGCUCAAGGCCACCCUCCCCAAGGACUUGACCUCGGACUGGUACUCUGUCAGAAUCGGUGCCGACUCGUACUCGCAUUACUUCCUGAUCAAGGGAACCGGCCCCACCCCUACCGCCCCUGCCCCCACUGGCGUCACUGCUAGCACUUCCUCGGUCGCUGUCCCCUCGGUCACCAACUCCAACUCGACCGUCAAGCCUACCACUGCUACCACCGCCACUGUUACCCCUGUUGCUACCGUCAACAAGAGCGCUGCUGGUUACUUGAGCGCUGCCCCCGUCGCCAUGGCUGCCGUUGCCGCCGCUGUUGUCGCUUUGGUCUUUUAA